CAACUCUCUGGUCGUCCCAGGCUUUUUCUCGUUUACCGCGCAGCUGGGGCCGCAGUGCGCGCGCGAAGGGGUGGUCCGCCCCUUGCCACCCUUGCUCCUAGGCUGCCGUGUGGCCUCCUGCAGGGAGCCUCUCCCACGGCCGCGCGCCUUUGGCUCCGGGACGCGCUCCUGGAUAGGAGAUGAGUGGUCAGCCUCUCAUCCCAGCACUCGUGGGGCCUGGGCCGUGGGCGUCCUCCGUGCCAGACUGAGAGGGGUCAGCGAAGAGAGGAGAGUUUUCUGUUCCCCAAGUACAUCCCGGAGCCGGAGCCCGCACCGACCCGCCAAGACCAGCUACGAGAGGUGCAGCAGCGGCAAGAAGAGAACGAACGACAGAUGCAGCAGCGGCGGGAGGAGCGGCGCCAGCAGAAGCUCCGGGCCGCUCGGCGGGUGCAGCGGGCGCAGCCGGUCGUGGGGCACCCGGACCCGACGGUGGCACCCAGCGGCCUGAACUGUUCGGGAUGCGGGGCGGAGCUGUACCGCCAGGACCCCGGCGUGCCCGGCUACCUGCCCAGCGAGAAGUUCCUCCGCGCGGCGGCGCAGGCGAAGGGCGGGCUGGCGCGGACAGUGUGCCAGCGCUGCUGUCUGCUGGUGCACCACCGGCGCGCCCUGCGCUUGCGGCGGCUGGAGUCCGCGCUGGUGCUGUACAAGGUGGACCUGCUUGAUCUGCCCGACGCCCUGCUGCCCAACGUGCCCGCGCUCGUGGGCCCCACGCUGAUCGUGCUGGGGAACAAGGUGGACCUGCUGCCCCAGGACGCCCCCGGAUACCGGCAGCGCAUCCGGGAGCGGCUGUGGGACGACUGCCCCCGCGUCGGUCUCCUGCCUCUUGGCUCCCGGAGGUCCCAACACCCCGGCCGGAAGCAGCCGCGGGACCGGGCGGAUAAGGCGAACCACUCGGCCAGGUCCCAUGCGGUGCUUAAGGACGUGCGGCUCAUCAGCGCCAAGACUGGCUAUGGAGUCAAAAAGUUGAUCUCCGCGCUCCAGCGCUCCUGGCGCUACCGCGGCGACGUCUACCUGGUUGAUGCCACAAACGCUGGCAAGUCCAUUUUCUUCAGCAUGUCCCAGCGUUUUUUGAGGGUUUUUUGGUUUGUUUAAUUGUCUUGUAAUGUGCUGGUUUAGCAGAUUUUUCAUUGUAGAAUAUAAGUUCCGUCUCUUUUUUAGGGCCGCACCCGCAGUAUAUGCAAGUUCCUAGGCGAGGGGUUGAAUCGGAGCUGUAGCUCCGGGUCGCUCAGAUCUGAGCCGCGUCUACACCACAGCUUUCGGCAACACCUAUUCCUUAACCCACUGAGCAACGCCAGGGAUUGAACCUGUUCUCGUGGAUGCUAGUUAGAUUCGUUAACUGCUGAGCCAGGACAGGAACUCUUUCUGUCUCAAGGUAAACCAGUUAGCUUGGUUUACAAUUGUGGCUUCCCACUUCCUGCCCGUGCACAUCACUUCCUUGGACAAGGCAGAUAUGUGUAUCAGAAGCAUGUGGGUCACACCUUACUCAAGGUGAGGGGACAGGCUUUCAUGGUUGCACAGUCAGCUUAACACGCCCUGCAACAGUCCCACAGCCCUGAAAGCUUUGGUAGGACAGACCCAUCCUUGUCACACACAGUCAGCUGGCUCUCCCCUGACCUAUUCUUGAGUAUUGUAGCUUUAAAGGGAGGUGGGCUCUUUUUUGUUGGCCAUGCCCUCAGCAUUCAAAAGUUCCCCUGCCAAGGAUGUAACACACACAACAGCCGUGAGAACCCCAGCUCCUUAACCCAGCAAGCCACCAGGGAACACUGGGCUCUCAGAAGAAGUUGGGUAGAACGGAUCCUAGAGUAGUGACAGAGCUGGGUUUUCUCUAGGUGACACCGCCCAGUACAGUAGCCACAUGUGGCUAUUUAAAUAAGUUAAUUAAAAGUAAAUUCACUCUAAAAUUGAGUUCUUCACUAGCACUGGCCGCUUUUCAACUGCCUGGCGGUCACAUGACUACAGGAAGUUGAACUGGAUAGUGUGAGUGAGGGGAAGUUACAUAUUCUCCCUGGCCUCUAGCAGGUAGAGACCAGAGAUGAAGCUAAGUGUCCCGCAGCGCCCAGGGCAUUCCCUCACAACAAAGAAUCUUCUGGUCCAAAAGGUCAGUGGCGCCGAAGUUGAGAAGCCCUUUUCUGGGUGGAGAAGCUCCAGGUUCUUAAUCCCAGCAUCCCUGGCACUUACACGUGGUCCCCCUCCUCACUCCUGCUCUGCUUUCCAGGAGUGUGGGGAAAAUCUUACCUUGUAAUUUAUUUAGAUGCUAUUCCACCUGGUGAUCUCCUCGGGUGUGGGGACCACACUGCAACAUCCGUAUUUGUGUCCUCAAUGCUCAACACGGAGACAUCUGUUAAUAAACACAUAGGUUAUGAGCCAGUUCCUGCCUAGUCGUGGAAACGCCUGUGAACAGAGAAGCUGAGUCUUACUGUUUUAUACAUGUACUCUUGAGCUGUAACGAGGCAGGGGUUAAUCUCUGUCUAGCCAGGCCUGCUCGAAUGAGGUGUUUAGAAGGAUGUUACCUUAACUGCCCGUGUUAUGGUGUGUAAGGCUUGAGGGAGGGCUGUACACAACAGUGUAAGUUAAUGAAACAAGAGGCUGGUGUCUGGACGGUACCACCAGACAGAUGCCCACAUGAGGCCCUUGACCCUAGAAUCUGUAGGCUUUGCCCCUUCAGAGAGCUCCUGGGCUUGUCAUAUGACCGAGACGUGACUUGGAGUUUUUCAACAGUUGCCUUUAAAAGGAUAUUUAUUUAAUUAUUUCCUUUGGUCUUUUUAGGGCUGUACCUGUGGCACGUGUAGGUUCCUAGGCUAUGGGGUUGAACCAAGCUAUAGAUGCCGGCCUAUACCACAGCCACAGCAACUCAGAUUCAAGCCGCAUCUGCGACCUACACCACAGCUCACACAAUGCCAGAUCCUUAACCCACUGAGCGAGGCCAGGGAUCGAACCCUCGUCCUCAUGGAUGCUAGUCAGAUUUGUUUACGCUGCGCCACAAUGGGAACUCCAGGAUUUUAUUCUUGAUCAUCUGUACAGAAUUACCUGUCAGUGCCUUACUUAGCAUUGGAGUUGUCAGGGGUUUACUGGGAGCUUCCAGAUAUCUGCAUUUCCUCCCCAUGGAAGGUUCCAGUGGGCAGAGAAGAAAGAAUGGCAGGCUCUCCUCCUCUUGUUGCUGAGGACAUCACCCUGGACAAGGGACUGGGCGAAUCGGAAGCUGUGGCUGACAUCAAGUUCUCCUUGGCAGGUUGGGUUUCAGUAAUGCCACAGUUUAAGGACAGACUGCACCACCGAGGCCAUAUGCCUCAAGGAACUUUUCUUACGUUCUGGCUCCCACUCUUGCCCCACCUAGUUAACAUCAAAGGACCGCAAAUCCAGAGAAGCGUUGCCUGUCAAACCAAGAAGCCUUCUCCUCUUGUGUCCAAUGUGCAGAAAAAGAGAUAAACGUCCAGACUUAUCUGUUCACACUGAAGAGUAACUCUACACAACCUACAGUGUACACUGCAUUGUAGUAAAUGUCACUAGAUGAAGCCCCUCCCACUCCCACCCUUUUCAGACUACCAAGGACUGAGCCCCUUUUUAACACGUUGAGUUUGCAAGCUCAAGUGAUUUUUGAUUGGGUGUGUAUCUAAUGCAGAUACACCUAAAAAUGAGUGCUGCUCGACUCAGGUCUUCCCAUUACAUUUUUUGAGACCAGGUGGCAUUUGUUGAGGGAGCAACUUAACAGUUGGCAUAUGAACAAAUGGCAGAAAAUCAGUUUCUCCCAAAGACAUUGGCUUAAAGGAGAUGGAAAUGAGAAGGUGGCUCUGCUCUGUGUAGUCAUCCAAGGACCCACCUGGGGAACGCACCCCAGCUUCCUUCUCUAGAUUGAAGGAUGCUCGAGUUGUCCUUUCCCAGCAUCAGGGAGAACGUCCCCACGGAGGAGGAGGAAGAGCUGGAAGCAGUACACAUCACAGCAUCUGUAGGUCAGCAGUGACAUGGCCAUGCCCCACAGGGAAGCUGGGGGUCCAGAGGGCAAUGGGGACUGUGGGGUUUUAUUACUUAAGGGCAGAAUGGACACUGGGAAACAAGUAGUUCUUACAUAACCCUAAAGUGCAUGAAAACUCAGAAAAGGGCUCACAGACUUAGUCUAGUCUGCAAAGAUCAGAGCACUUCAAGUGUUUUAUCAGCACCUGCCAUGAACGCUGUGUGGGGCUCAAUCAGUCAGCAGUCUUACCAUCAUGUGUCUCAAGCCAAGUGAGAAGCACUAGAGCUGUGGACGCUGUAUGAGGCUCCAUCGGUCAGCAGUCUUACUAUAAGGUGUUCCGAGAUGAGUGAGCACUUGAGUUGUGGACAGUGAACCCCUGGGGAGUCAUGUCCUGGGUCCCAGAGUUGAGAUGAAGGCUCGUGGAGAAAGCUGGCCUCAAACAUCCAGUAGCCUUCUGUGGACUCUGGUUCGGCAUGAACCUACCUGUCCUGGGUUCACUGUCAGCAUGACACUCUAGCCCUUUCUCACUGGUGGGUCGUCGUGGGAUAAAUGGUUAGUAUUUUAAGAGGCAACCUGUAAAGCUUUGUGGGUCUCAGCUGCAUUGUGUUUCAGAGUGGAUGUUUGGUUGGCAUCUGCAGGAAGGUAGUCCUUUUUUUGGAGAGAAUAAAAUACCAUUAAUUUUAACAACUUAAA